GUGUGAGAACCUGAAAGUCAGAAUCAAAGAGAACGGCAAUGGUGAACACAGAUGCCACAGAUAAAGACAUAUCCAGCUUUAAGAUCACCUUCAUGUUGGUGGUCUCUGGAGUAGAGUGCAUCAUUGGCAUCCUAGGGAAUGGCUUCAUCACGACAAUCUAUGGGGCUGAGUGGGCCAGGGACAAAAGACUCCCCACUGGUGACUGUAUCCUGUUGAUGCUGAGCUUUUCCAGGCUCUUGCUACAGAUUUGGAUGAUGCUGGAGAAUAUUUACAGUCUACUAUUCCGAGUAACUUAUAACCAAAACACAGUAUAUACCCUCUUCAAAGUCAUCAUCGUAUUUCUGAACUAUUCCAACCUCUGGUUUGCUGCCUGGCUCAAUGUCUUCUAUUGUCUAAGAAUUGCAAACUUUACUCACCCUUUGUUCAUCAUGAUGAAGAGGAAAAUCAUAGCGCUGAUACCAUGGCUUGUGCGGCUGUCACUGCUGGUUUCUGUGUCCUUCAGCUUUCCCUUCUCUAAAGACGUCUUCAAUGUGUACGUGAAUAGUUCCAUUCCUAUCCCCUCCUCCAACUCCACUGAGAAGAAAUACUUCUCUGAGACCAAUGUUCUCAACCUAGCUUUUUUCUAUAACUUGGGAAUCAUCAUUCCUCUGACCAUGUUCAUCCUGGCAGCCACCCUGCUGAUCCUCUCCCUCAAGAGACACACUCUUCACAUGGAAAACAACACCACAGGCUCCAGCGACCCUAGCAUGGAGGCUCACAUGGGAGCCAUCAAAGCCACCAGCUACUUUCUCAUUCUGUACAUUUUCAAUGCAGUAGCUCUAUUUCUUUCCAUGUCCAACAUUUUUGACACUUACAGUUCUUGGAAUAUUUUGUGCAAAGUCAUCAUGGCAGCCUACCCUGCUGGUCACUCUGUGCAACUAAUCGUGAGCAACCCUGGACUGAGGAGAUCCUGGAAGCGGUUUCAGCAUCGAGUUCAUCUUUGCCUAAAAGGGCAAACUCUGUGACUGAAACCCAGGGAGGAUGAUGG